AUGAUCGGAGGGGCACUUUCUGGCAAUGACAGUGUCGCACUGGAUUCAUCAGGGCGCAGUCCGUCGAGGAAUGUGACCCGGUGCAGGAGCGCGACAAGCUUAAUGUCGGGUGCGACGCCACCAUCGGCCGAGUCGACAGAUCUUGACGCCUUCAAGGCUCCGUCUCCUUGCCAAGCCAUGGCUGGCGCAAGGGCUAAAAAUGUAGCAUCACGCAUGUCUGGCGGCGAUCGGCCAGCGACCAGUUCGACGGUCAAGACUCGAGGGGCUCGUGUGCUCGAGGCUCGUGAUAACUGGCCGCUGGGACCACGUGGGGGCCACGGCUUGUUGGGCCGGCGAGGCAUGAUUAGCGGAAGUCUGGCCCUUUUGGUUGGUCUUGGGUUUGUUCCUGAUCGCCACAGUACGAUUGCACCACCGGCCAUUGUUCGACGAGAAUGGUUUCCUGCAUCUUCGUCUCUUCUCCCGGCCGGACAAGUCGGCAAGAAUGGUGGUAUGUCGCGCAGCGGGCCGCGCAGGCGCAGGCUGCGGGGUUCGGAGCAAGAGAUUAUCGUGUCGACUGUUCCGCAGCAGCUGCAAUGGUGCUGA